AACAGCCAGGAUAAGGCGGAGCCAGCACUUGAACCAGGCAGUCCAUCCUGGGGCCUUUGCUGUGAACAGCUGUGCCUGCUACAUCUUCGCAGCUGCACAGAAGGGUGUGGAACCUUCUAGAACUGCACGCCGGAAGUCGCCAGCAGCCUCCAGCUGAGUUCAUCCCAUUCUCCACACAUCCAGCUUGGGAGGUCCCACCAGCCACAAGGUAGGCACCAUGACUGAGAGUUUUGAGUGCUACUACUGCAGGGCAGCCCUGCAGGGGAAGAAGUACGUGCACAAGGAGGGUCACCACUACUGCGUGAAUUGCUUCGACAAGUUCUGUGCCAACACCUGCGUGGAAUGCCACAAGCCCAUCGGAGCGGACUCCAAGGAGGUGAACUAUAAGACUCGCCACUGGCAUGAUACCUGCUUCCACUGCACCAAGUGCCGUCGCCCCUUGGCCAAUGAGACCUUUGUGGCCAAGGAGUACAAGAUCCUGUGCAACAAGUGUGCUACGAAGGAUGAUUCCCCCACGUGCAAGGGGUGCUCGAAGCCCAUCGUGGCAGGAGAUCAAAAUGUGGAGUACAAGGGGACCAUCUGGCACAAAGACUGCUUCAUCUGCAGCCACUGCAAGCAAGUCAUCGGGACUGGAAGCUUCUUCCCGAAAGGGGAGGACUUCUACUGCGUGACUUGCCACGAGGCCAAAUUUGCGAAGCACUGCGUGAAGUGCAACAAGGCCAUCACAUCUGGAGGAAUCACUUACCAGGAUCAGCCCUGGCAUGCGGAGUGCUUUGUGUGUGUUACCUGCUCUAAGAAGCUGGCUGGGCAGCGUUUCACCGCUGUGGAGGACCAGUAUUACUGCGUGGAUUGCUACAAGAACUUUGUGGCCAAGAAGUGUGCUGGAUGCAAGAACCCCAUCACUGGGUUUGGUAAAGGCUCCAGUGUGGUGGCCUAUGAAGGACAAUCCUGGCACGACUACUGCUUCCACUGCAAAAAAUGCUCCGUGAAUCUGGCCAACAAGCGCUUCGUUUUCCACGAGGAGCAAGUCUAUUGCCCCGACUGUGCCAAAAAGCUGUAACCUGACAGGGGCUCCUGUCCUGUAAGAUGGAAUCUCAGUUUGGUUCUUUGUGCCCCUGCCCUCUGCCCUGCACCAUCCUUAGGGAAAGAGUGGCUUCCACCUCCUCCAAGUUGCUCCUCCUGUCUUUGUUCCAUUUUACAGAAUUGCUCGAAUAAAGGCACACCGUGAUCGCAUUAGCAUUUAGAAAAAGCAACACGGCAGCGAAGUUAAUUUUUUGAUCGCUGCAGUUAAACCACCAGUGCGUAGAUAGAUUGACACUUCUGCAUGUUUCUCAUAGAGCAGAAAAGUGCUGACCAUGUAGCCGCUUAGUGAUGUAAGCCUGAAGCAUAAGCGACGCAGCCCCUGCUGAGAUGCCCCUGGGGGCUCAGCUGGGACCCACGAGUUGCAGCGGCUGCUCCAACUCGGCUGCUCACCUUGUUUUGUGAGCAGAAAGAACUUUCGGAAAUGCAUGGUUUAGCCUCCUUAUCAAAAACCUUCCUUCUGUUCUUCUGCGCUUGCAAAUGACUAACACAAACUUCCAGAAAAUUAACAUUUGAACUUAGCUGUUGUUCUCCACUGACCUGUCCCUGUACUAACAUUUUAUUUCCCCGGGGUGGCGUGUUUUCUGAGCGUUCCUGCUUUGGGUGGAACAUGCAGGUGAUUGACAAAGUGUAGGCGGAGCUGAGAAAAACGAGCCUGUUUCAGAGGAACAUCAUCACGGCCGACCCUUCUGGAAGCCUAACAAAACUAACCCAACUGUCUCUUUUUCUUUGUUUUGAAUUAAUGAUAUUUUUGUUUUAACUAAUAGCAACAUAGUUUAUGGGUUUGGAGACUUGCAUGAAAAUAUUUUAGUCCCCUCAGACGUUCCUGCAGUUUUAAAAGUCACCUACAGAAGUAACCAGUCACCCUCUAGAGGGCUCGCUGAGUAGGCGCCAGGGCUGUCAUUGACACCGACGUGACGUUUCCAGACAGUGCCAAGUUGAACCCCUUGUAACAUAGUAGUUGUCUGCUCGUCGUCCCUGUGCUAGAGGCCCGCCCAGUCCCUUCUCACGAUUCUUAGGACCGUUCCUCAAGGGCCUAGCUGGCUCUCUGAGGAAGUAGGGAGGCCACUGUCCUCAUCACAGGCGGGACUGAGCACCACCUAGUGCUUACCCGAGACGCAGGAUCACCUACUUACUGUAUUCUAUCGACAUUGUUAUCUUACAUAGUUUAAUGAGAUGAUACAGAGUAACCUGUAAUGACAAUACGUAUUAACAUUCUCGUAGGAGUGGUUAGCCAAGCGAAUCCUCAUUUCUCCAUUUUGUCAUUAGCUAUUAUCAUCUAACGUUUCAGUGUAUCGUUACAGAAAUAAAGCAGCAUAUAAAUA